AUGGAGGAAGCUCAGAAUUUGACUGAACCACCAAAAAAGGAUGCAGUGUCGGAGCAGCAAGCAGCAGAGACGGGAGACCGGUUACAAAAAGAUGAUGUAGCAGUGAACGGGGGAGGGGAAAAAACGGAGAACCAGUCACCAAAGAUGAUCAGUUCCACUACUGAUCAGAAUGAUGAUGAGGAAACAAAGCUUAUGAGUUCCAAUAAAGAACCUUUUCAAACUGAAACUUCUUCCAAGAAAGGAAAACAAGUCGCUGGUGAUGUAUCAAUGAAUGAUUCUUCAACAAUGCUAUUGCCAUUGCCAUUGGAUUCAAAGAAGACAAAAGAUGGACCUGAAACUAAAACAACUUCUGCAGAAACUCCAACCAGGAUAAGAACAGGACAGUCUCCUGGUUCUGGAACAAAGAAGAGAAAUGACAGACAAUCACAAACAACUUCUGAAGAAACUUCUUCAGAGAAAAAUUUCAAUUCUUCUUGUUCUUGUAGAGCCGAAAAGAUGAACAAUUCUUCCACUACUGAUCAUCAGAAAGAUGGUGAUGAUGAUGUAGCAAUGAAUGAGGAUAGUUCCGCAGAGAGUAUCAGUUCAUCUCCUGAUGUAGCAAUGAAUGAGGAUGGGGGCGAAGCAGAGAUUAUUAGUUCAUCUCCUGAUGUUGCAACGAAUAAUGACGUUGAAUCAUUGGUUUCUGGUUCUCGUUCGAGGGAAAGAUUCAACAAGAAAGAAGUGAAUGAAUUCAAUUCUUCCACUACUGAUCAUCAGAAAGAUGGUGAUGAUGAUGAUGUAGAAAUGAAAGAGGAUGGCGGCGCAGCAGAGAUUUUCAGUUCAUCUCCUGAUGUUGCAAUGAAUGAGGAUGGUGCAGCAGAGAUUAUCAGUUCCCCUCCUGAUGUUGCAAUCAGUGACCUUGAAUCAUUGAGUUCUUCGUUCUCCAAUCUACUUAACAUCAAGGUAAAACCUUGUCAAACUCAAACUCAAGCUUCUGGUUCUCGUUCGAGGGGAAGAUUCAACAAGAAAAAAGUUGCAGAGACUGGUUCUCGUUCAGCAUUGCCAUUGGAAUCUAAUCUCUGUUUAACACCAAAGAAGAGAAAAGGAAGACCUUGUGAAACUCAAAGAACUUCUGCAGAAACUCCAACCAAGAAAAGAAAGGAUCGCGAUGCUAAUCGAAGAAGAAGCUUCUAG